CAAUCUAAGUGACACCACAGGGAAAAUAGCUUUUUUAUUAUCGCUGAAAUUGUUACAGGCUUUGGUGCCUUUUGGUCCUCAUUGAUCAUUUACUAAAGUGAACUAUUUAUUGUCCGCUCAACACUUCGAGCCAUUUAGACUUGCUUGGAAUAUCUCAUUGAAGCACUGAACUGGCUGAAAUGGACAAAGUGAAAGACAGACAGCUGGAAAUUGUUGGAUAUAUCUCCUAAUUGUUUAAGGUUUGAAGGAAGUUUAAUAGGGAAUACAAUUAUAUCUGUUGACUGAUUAAAUCUGUUUGGUUUUUGUUUAUUGGCACAUGCUCUAUCGUUUAUUGAACUUGUUCACUUUUUGCUUAAAAGACGGAUGCAUUUGUCAACUAAAUCUAGAAAUUUGUAUUCAUAACAACAUAAAGGUAAGGCAAAUUUUGUAACUUUUCUUUUUAAAAACCACAAUGGUUGGAACAGGUGGCCCAGUGGCCACUUUCUCCGUUUGGGACUAUGUGGUGUUUGCCGUGACCAUUUUGGGGGCUGCUGGCAUUGGCCUUUUCCAAGCCAUCAGGGGCCGCAAGGAAAGCAGCAGUGCGGAAUUUUUGUUAGGUGGGCGACAAAUGACAGCAGUGCCAGUGGCCAUGUCCCUCACUGCUAGUUUCAUGUCUGGGAUCACCGUCAUUGGAACACCUGCUGAGGCGUACCAGUUUGGUGCCGCUUUUUGGAUUUUUGGCAUUUCCUACACCAUUAUGUCCACCAUCACUGCUGAAAUUUUUGUUCCACUUUUUUAUCGGUUGGCGAUCACCAGCGCUUAUGAGUAUCUUGAGUUGCGUUUCAGUCGACCCAUUCGAUUAAUUGGAACAUCAAUGUACAUCAUACAAACGGCUUUGUACACAGGCUUAGUCAUCUACGCUCCAGCUCUUGCCCUGAAUCAAAUCACUGGAUUGGAUCUAUGGGGUGUGCUGGUUGCGACUGGACUAGUUUGCAUACUCUACUGUUCUUUGGGUGGCCUUAAAGCAGUCAUCUGGACAGAUGUGUUCCAGAUGGGGAUCAUGCUGGCAGGAUUUGUUGCUGUCAUUGCUAGAGGAGCUGUAAUAAGAGGAGGCCUGGGUCAAAUCUGGGAAGAUGCUGGUCAAGGAGGCAGACUGAAUGCAUUUGACUUUGACCCCAACCCCUUAAAGCGCCAUACCUUUUGGAGCAUAGUAAUUGGUGGCAGCAUAAUGUGGGUUUCUAUCUACUCAAUCAAUCAGUCCCAGGUGCAGCGCUACAUCUCCUGCAAAACGCUGGGCCAUGCCAAGAUGUCUCUGUAUGUGAACAUGGUUGGCUUGUGGGUCACAGUGAGCCUGGCUGUGUUUUCUGGCCUCACCAUGUACUCCAUUUACAAGAAUUGUGACCCACUUUCCAAUGGUGAUGUCACUGCCUCUGACCAGCUGCUUCCUUACCUUGUGAUGGAUAUCCUGGGAGACUUUCCUGGAAUUCCUGGCCUGUUUGUAGCUGCAGCAUAUAGUGGCACUCUAAGCACGGUUUCUUCCAGCAUCAACGCUUUGGUUGCUGUCACUGUGGAAGACUUCAUUUUUCCUGUAUGGAAAAACCUCACACAGAAACAAAUAUCCUGGUUGAACAUGGGUCUAAGUAUUUUCUUUGGAGGGGUGUGUAUUGGAAUGGCAGGAGUUGCUUCCAUGAUGGGUCGGGUUCUGCAGGCUGCUCUGUCCAUAUUUGGUAUGAUCAGUGGGCCUCUUCUUGGCCUUUAUUUAUUAGGGAUGCUUUUCCGCACAUCAAAUUCCAUAGGAGGACUUGUGGGUAUGGUCAUUGGUCUAGUGUUGACUCUGUGGGUGGGAAUUGGAGGCCAGGUUUACCCACCAACAGCCGACAUGACAAAUCCUCUUCCUCUGACCACUGCUGGCUGCAACAACACAAUGAGCCAAAACUACACAACCACAUCUCCCUGGAGCACUUCAGCAUCUCUGACCACACCAUCAAAUUUCAGGCCAGAUAUAGCGGAUUCUUGGUACUCCCUGUCUUAUGUCUAUUUGUCUCUCCUCGGCAUGCUGGUCACAAUGGUGUGUGGCCUGCUGAUAAGUGCAAUCACAGGUGGAUGUAAGCAAAAGAAGAUGAACUCAGACCUGUUUGUAAGGAGGAGUGACUUGAUGUGCUUCAGGUGUACCAAUAAAUCAGAGGCGACAGAUGAUAAAGAAAAGUCUUCAACAGACCAUCACACAGGAGUUCACAUUACAGCCGACUUGGAUGUCAAGAACACAGAGUUAGAAAAAUCCACAAAGCUCUAAUUCUGAGCUUUAAAAUGUGUCUAUGCAAAACCAACGUUUUACAAGCUUUUGUAAAUAAUGUUUCUUUUUAUGUUCAUUUUUGUUGUAAUCUAAGUUGCCAGGAGUUUCUUCUCCUCGUGCCACAUGCAGCCAGUUUCCUCAUUACUUACAUGUAUAAUCUGGAAAACCGUUAACUGUGUUAUUUUAUGGUUGAGACGUUUCAUUGGAAAAAGUCUAAAACAGUCAAUAAUAGUUUGUCUGUCAGUGACUUUGAAUUUGAGUUCUUAAGAGAUUUUAGUCAAAUUUGUUUUGUUGAUGCUUGAAUUUUUUGAAAUUUAACAUUAUACAUUUAAAAAUAAUAAUUGUUAAAUUGUACCUGCAUGUUCGCUGAGAUUGAUCUGCUCCAGCUUUUCUUUUUAUUGUUGCAGAAGUAGUUUGCUUUCCUUGCCCCGUUCUCAAAUGUUUUCAGUGAUUUAAAAUAAUACCUGAACUUUGUUUUCUUUUCCCCGCAGAAUUGGACACCAAAUGUUAUAUUGUUUUUUAUAUAGUUUUUUGAGCUUGUUGCUUUAAACCACCUUGUUUUUUCACUAUUUGUGAAUUUUUAGUACAAAUCCCAGAAAAAGUGCAACUAUUUUGCACCAACUUGGAAUGAGUUUGUGGAAAUAUUUUAACUAUGUAAGAGAUCCCAUUUAGACUAUUACCUUGGAAUUGAUUUCCUAAUAUCUUAGGAUAUCAAGGUUUAAAAGACACUGUCCUAUCCAUGGACGUAUGGGAAAAAAGGGAGUUCUGGCUUCUAUCCAAUCCAAAAACAUACCGCACAUGUUGAUUGACAACUCAAAAUUAUCCUUUCAAAGUGAAUGUGUGGCCCUGCCAGGUUGUGAUAGGUUCCAGCGACCCCUGUGACCCUGCAUUGGACUGAAGUGGGGAUAGAAGAUGGGCGGAUGGACAGUUUGCAGGAAUUUGUGAAAUAAUUGUUCCAUGGGUGGAAUAAUUUGUUGUUUUGACCCCUAAAGGGAGCAAUCAAAAGGCAAAGAAGACGGAUUCUCUUGCUAUAAAGAAUUGUUACUCUUAUUUUUAUCAGCCAUUAAAAUGUUUUUGGAAAGGAAUAAAGUUUAUGCACCAAUGA